CUCACCCACUCAGCAUCUUAACCGAAGUCCACAUACUACAAGAAAUCAGAGAAUCAUCGAGUCGUUACGGAACGGCCGGAACAUCAUUGUACAAGUGUCCUGAAGCACUGGAAUGUCGAUUAAGGCGACCGUCGCGUAACCUAGACACAUUACUGGCAGCCUCCCGCUUCGGAGCAGACAAGUUGCCGCGCUGCGCCAAACAUGACUACGAAGACCAGUCUGCGCAAUUUCCAGAGCGAGAUAGACCAGAUACGACACCGGGAGGUCGCCCGACAGAGAGAUCAAGCUACCGCAGAACGAGCAAAAGAGAAGGAGGUAAAGAAGACCCCGGUCCGUCACGGUACCGCUGCUGAGCCUCCAGCUCCCGUGAAAGGGGACGGAGGUGACCUGCAGAUCAAGGAGCUCGCGGGGUUGUCUGAUGUAGAUGAGCGGAUACAGUCAUUAUUGCUGUCUGCCUCUCCAGCAGACCAUGACAAGGCGCGAGAAAUUGUCGCCUCAUCAUUGACUAGGCGCAAGGGAGAGUAUAUACUACGGUUAGGUGUCCACCCGCCUCACUCCAAACUAUUCUCGAAACAAUCUGGGUCGCUCGAGGAUUCGGACGGAUGGCGUGGCUCGGCCCUGACUGCAGAGGAGCUUGAUACACUGCAGCGUGAGGUGAAGGAGAUUUUAACAGACAUUGGAGGUGUGACUACGGUGCUGUUCGACACAAGAACAGAUCGUCCGCGAGCAACACUGCUCUUACGAUUACCUCCGGAGGACGUCUCUGUGACGCCGGAGGUACGAUGUGCUGUCGUCGGUAAUGUCGACAGUGGAAAGUCGACCACACUGGGUGUUUUGACCCGAGGGGCACUCGAUGAUGGAAGAGGGCGUGCACGCGUCAGCUUGUUUCGACAUAAACACGAAAUCGAGAGCGGACGGACGUCGAGCGUAGGGAUGGAGAUUCUGGGCUUCGGACUUUCAGGCGCGGCAAUACUGCCGUCAACCGCUCAUUCAAUCGAUUCAGACGUAAUUCGACGAGAGAAGAUGGGUUGGGAGGAGAUCUCUGCAAAGGCAGCCAAGAUCGUGUCCUUCAUCGAUCUUGCGGGCCAUGAGCGAUAUUUGAAGACGACGCUCUACGGGCUCACUUCCGGCGCACCGUCCUGCGUGAUUCUCAUUGUCGGAGGCAACGCAGGGCUCAUCGGCAUGUCGAAGGAGCACCUCGCGAUAGCGCUUGCUUUGAGUGUCCCCGUCGUUGUCUGCAUCACGAAGAUUGACAUGACACCCCCAAAUGUCCUGGCGAAAACCAUCGAGCAAGUUACGAAGAUCAUGCAGAGCCCUGGCUGCCGGUAUGCACACCGCGGACUCAUGCUAGCCGUACAUGACCGAGUACUGUGCAGGAAAACAACAGUCUUCGUGGAGUCAACUGAGACUGCAGUCGAGCUGUCUCAAGUAUUCGCCACUGAGCGAUUGUGUCCCGUUUUCCAACUGUCUAACGUCACAGGGGCCGGGCUUGAUCACCUGCGAACGUUUUUAAACCUAUUACCUGCUAGCGAGAGCGACACCGAGAAGUUCGCCGCUGACCAACCAUUGGAGUAUUCUGUGACAGAGAUCUGGUCGGUGCCGUACGUCGGUACCGUUGUCGAUGGUAUCUUGAAUAGCGGCACCAUUAAGACCGGCGACUCAGUGUUAAUUGGCCCGGACGCCAACGGCAACUACCAGAGCACUGUCGUGAAGUCAAUACAGCGCAAACGAGCCCCGGUAACUAGCGCAGAGGCUGGCCAAUGCGUGUCGCUCGCCCUCAAACGCGUUCGGAAGUCCGCCGUACGAAAAGGCAUGGUGCUCGUGCACAAGAGCGAUACGCCUCCCAGAGCCGUGCGGCGAUUCGAGGGGCAGGUCCUCAUCCUAUACCAUAACACGACGUUGCAGACGAACUACCAGGCGAUGCUUCAUUGUGGGGCUGUACGGCAAACUGUGCGCAUGGUCAGCAUGGACCACCCUCAAGGCAUCCUCCGAACAGGCGACCGUGCCACGGUAACCUUCGAGUUCAUCUCCCACCCAGAAUUCAUCAAGGAAGGGAUGAAGCUCUUGUUCAGGGAAGGGAAGACGAAGGGUCUGGGCGUCAUCACACGAUUAUUGUAACGUUGUAACCAUGACGAGCUGGCGACGGGCCGCGCUGAUAGGGCGGAGAUGACUCCUCUAUUGUAGAAUACGACAAAGGCGUCACGCGCAGCGCUGGCCAAGGUCUAUUUCCUCAUUCUUCUACGGACAGUCCUUUUGCAUGCGCACUUCUUUGUG